CGCAUCUAAGUCGCGUUCUCCCAACCACACCACCACUACCAACCAACCGACACUUCUUACCAGCAACAUAGGAACACCCCGUGAACGCGUAAAGUGGUUUUUCAACGACACAGAAUACUCCGCACUUACACCCCCGGGUUUCGACGAAUCAAUCCGACACUUUCCGAAGCGUUUGAUGCACCGCGAAAAAUAUGGAACUACUCAGGAGGCCAUGGAUGGUGGACACGCUGAAGGCUGCCAUUGAAGGUCGCCCACAAGACAAGAUAUUAACGUCCAACGGAGAAUUCGCAAUUUCAAGGGCGGGGAAGAAAAAAUUCGUACAGCUAAUCGAGGUGAUAUCUCUCGACCCAGUGGUUGCCGUACUUGCCGACAGAAAUGUUUAUGUGACCGCCGAAUUCACGGACUCGUGCAUCUCUCGGCUCAAUAAGGAGCGCGGAAAGGCAUUGACACAGUACUGCAAAGCUGUGUUUCAAUUGGAGCACUACGUGUUCGUCUUUCGUGGCAGUGAUGCGGCAUUAUUCGAGAAUGGUACCACAUUUCAGGACCAGCUGGAAGGGGGGAAAUUUACCGGCGGAGGAGAACAACACGACGAGCCAUCGCGACCAUCACCAAAAUCCGCGGUAAAACUACGGUUAAUCGUGGACUCAAUGUUUUAUCAGAGUGGAGAAGGGAAUCCAAUUAUUGGGUCGCUGAAGAGUUUGAGAGACGAUCCGUUUGUCCGAGAACUGAGGAAACGCUUGCCUGUGAAGGAACACCUCCUUCCUGCUCGUCGCCCGCCGAUGGCUGCCAACCCGAAGCCACCUCCCACCAGCCAGAAGAAAAGUGCAAAAACGGAUUGCGGCGACACAGAGUCUACCAGUGACGUACUAUCGCAACCAAUCGCUACGCAAGCGGCGGAGAUGUUACACUUUUCCGAAGACAAUGCCCAAGACGAGGACGAAGAGGACGAGGAUGUUGAGGAUGAUCAGGAUGAUGAGGAUGAUAGUGAGGACGACAAUGACGAUGAGUCCUCACUAGCGUCACAACAGAUAGAGAGUGAAAGCGACGCAAGUGAUAGCGAUGGCUCAGAACUAGAUUUCGCUACACAGGCCCAUCAGCUUCCCACUAGAAACCCCUACAGAGCACCUCCGUCCUCCUCAGCUCCUAGCUCGAGUAUUCCAAAUCAGAUCGCUGCGGACCGAACAAACAUAGCGAGGGGCAAGCCACGCAAAACCGUUUCUGACGACGAAGACCACGACGAUCCAGACUCUGGAACAGACUCUGCUAAUAUGGGAUCGGCGCGGAAAGCAAUGUCUCACUCGUCCUUACACCCGGGCUGGAAAGGAAUUUUAGAGAUACCCGCCGAGUUCGCGGCAAUACCUAAGGAUCAGUGGAAAAUACUCAACGAACCUGGAUCGUGGUGGCCUUCUCAGGAUGCGCUUAGUGGGCCAUAUGUCCAGACGUACUCCAGAUUGCAUCCGCUCAGAGUCAGAACAGUCAUAACGACUGAGACCGAAUCACCGAGACAGUUGCACGUCGCAUCUGUGAGACAACCACAAUCAGAGAGCGAAUCUUCCGACGACGACAACGAAAUAGCCGAGUGGCCGACAAGCCCUCCCGAGGUACGGGAAACGGCUCCUAACCUGGACAGUCCCCCGCGAAGCAGUCCCGCCGCCUCAAGCUCGCCCCUUCGUCCACACGACUCCGACAGUGGCUCGGACUCGCCCUCACGUCAACCAUCAGAAUCACCGGUUCCGCAAUCAUCCAGACUGCCGGCCGAGAUUGAAGAGUCUGACAACAAAUUCGCUGAGGCGGUGAUCAACGGUGAUGGGUUAACAGGUGAUGGGACUGACGAUGGCGAAUUGUCAAUUGAUGACAGGUCGACAGUUAGCCCAGACCCCGACACCGCCACCAGAUCAGAAGAUGGUGCUAGCCAGCCAGCAGUGGAAGGCAGGCCGAUGAGUGGCAGUGAAUCAGAAUCCGAAUAUGAAUCAGCACCUGAAGAUAAAGCAGAAUCGGAUGAUGAAGCCGAUGUCAAACAGAGAACCCCGGCCCCUGUUAAAGCCGAAGCCGCUGACGAGCUCAGCGCCAGACAGGAUGCAAGGAAACAAGCAUACUCUGGGGCGAGAAGUGAAUCGGUCAAAGAGACCUUAGGUUCCGGGGAUAAGCAGGCUACACCACGACGACGGAUAACAAGGUCGAUGAAUAGGAUCAUCAAGCCCCGCAAGUUCGACAAACCACAGACACCCUUGAAGCCUACGGUGAAACGUGUGACGAAACGUGCGGCAAAACGUGCGGUAGGAUCUGUGGCUCGCGCUCUGGCUCGAGAAUCGAGCGCGGAGCCGAGGAUCCCUAUGAGGGAUCCUUUUGGCAUGACUCCCGUCGUCAAGUACACCUGGGACAGCGACUCGGCAGGUGAAUCUGUUAAAGAUUCCGAGAGUGAAUGCGAUUCGGAUGGCGGCGACGAUACAGAUGGCGGCGACGAUACCGACAGCGAAGAUAAAUCGCAGCAAAACGCGCCAUUCACUCCUUCUGCCUUCGAGGUGGCCGUGCCGUCUGCCGCCACUGUAUGCAGUUUCCGGCAACCGGCCCAUGAUGACAGUGACGAAGAGGAAGAUAUUCCAUCUGCUCCAGCUAUUCCCUUAGGGCAGCGAACCACUACCCAACAAAUCGGAGCAAAGAAGGGCACAGAGGUCAACGGAGCUCCACCGUUAACUGCACCUGGCCUUGGGCCAGUUGUACAAGUUCAAGAGACACCAUACCGACGCCCCAGCAGCAUGUCAGAUACAACAGUCCAGAGAAAGGCUCUUAUGCCCGAGCUUCAGAAUCCGAAUGAAGAGAUGAUUCCGGCAACGCAUGAUCGACACAGCUCUAUGGAGAUCAGGGAGGACGAACCAGAACGACAGCCUGUGAGCUUUAGACGGUCCACUUCCAUGGACUCUAUUGCCAACCAGCAGAGCAUCCAAAAUAAGGCCUCCAAUGAAAAACUAGAAAAGGCGAACGACAGCGAUCACAGUGUCGCACCCGUUAUCGAGGUUCCUAGGACCCAGUUCGGCAGUAGCACCAAGCCUCAAAGCCCCUCGGAGAUCCCCUCAAAACGAAAGUUCAAGAAGGUACUUAAAUCCGCCGCCUUUGACACCCAGGAGAUCCGCACUGCAUCGUACGACGUCGAAAUCGACGUCUCGGUGCUCUUGGCGGAGCAGCGUCGCCUGUACAUGGAAGCAGAGGCUACAAUUGAAGAUCGUGUGAGCAAGCCAUCACCAUCACCUACCGUCGGCAAGCCGUCUGCCAUGGCCAAGUUGGCAACGUCCACCGAUCUACCGCGGAAGCGAAAAUCACCAUCCGCGCCGCCAGUAGUCCCGAAGAAAGCGCGUAUGGACACCAUACUCACUUUGGACCGCCGUUUUGCCAUUUUACAUUCCCCACCACCCCCUCCACAGACCAUGCCUGGCACCACUAACAGGCCGGAAUCCCCCCUGCCGAACGAUAUAGGUCUAGAUGCAGGCACCGACAUCGCCAUGGCGGCCGAGCCGGUUUCGUCACCUGCCCCCGCACAGAAGUCGCCCCCUCCGGCCUCAAAAGCAGAGAUGUACGCCGGCUUCAGGCCGAGAGUCAUUGCCGUGCCGGGAUACGAGACCUUGACCGAGGAGAUGAAGCUGAAGCUGGAGGAGCGGCGGCGGCGCUUUUUCGGCACUCAUCGCUCUGUCGCGCCCUUCGUGGCUACUCCCAAGGAGAAGGAGGAGAGCGCGGACACGAAGAAGAGAAAGCGGAGUGGUGAGGACGGUGGCAGUGACAAAUGGUGGCUGGAUGAGGACACGCCGAUGAGGAAGUUUGUCAAGCAGUACAAGGACCUAAAAAAGGUGAAGCGGGAGCGCGGGAAGGAGUAGUAUGGGGCGUGGUACAUCUGCUUGGGGGGGGAUUAUUUUUUUUUUGCUUGCUAACUUUUUGGCAUUGUAUCGGGUUGGCAAUUUCUUUUUUUUUUUUUGAUUUUUACUUUAUACUUUUUCUUUUCUUUUCUUCUAUGGAGUUCGGCGAUUAGAUGGAUUGAUCUCAUGUGGGACGGCGCCUGUGGCGUUUUGACAUUACCGGUAGUAUGCCUCUUUGAUUAUUGUUUUUUCUCCUAGUAUUGGAUACCUGUAAUGUGGAGGACUGAAUUCUAUGGGACCGAGGAAGUUUGUGUGAUUGAGUAGAACAUUUUCUUGAGGUCCGUUCCCCUCAGUUGCACAUGGUGACUACAUCACGAACGGAGAUGCAUGGGAG